AUGGAGUAUCUCAGUCGUGAUGCACGUCAAAUAAUGAUUGUAGCUGGUACAAUCAUGUUUUUACUUGGUUCAAUUGGAAAUAUUUUAAAUAUUUAUGUAUUUGCAAUAUGGUCUCGUUCUCGAACAGCACUAGCUGAGCGUCAUGCUGUUAGUGAAACAAAUAAUGGUCCAUUAUAUUUACUUGUAUCAUCUAUAGCCAAUUUAAUCGUAAUUCUUUAUCCAUUUUUAACUCGAAUUAUAUUUGAUGGUUAUAAUUAUUUAGUAACACCAAAUACUGGUUUAUUUUUAUGUAAAUUACGAUUUUAUACUUUACAUACAUUUGAUUUAAUAUCAUUAACAUCUUUUUGUAUGGCUACAUUUGAUCGAUAUUUAAUAACAGCACGAGAUGUUCAUAUACGUCGUAUGAGUACAACAAGACAGCGAACAAAACAAAUUAUUUUAGCUAUUGUUAUUAUAUUUAGUUUACAUAAUAUACCUAUUGCUGUUUAUUUUCAAGUUUCACAAACUGGUCAUUGUGACAUAAGUUCAAAUGGAUAUUCACGUUAUUAUUUAUAUGUAUGUCAAGUAUUAUUUCAUGGUAUACUACCUAUUAUAUUUCUUUCAAUAUUUGGUCCAUUAACAUUAAAGCAUUUGAAAAAACUUCAAUGUCGAACACAUAUUCAUCAUCAUUCAAAGCAUGAUAAACAAUUAUCUUUUAUGCUUUUCUUAAUGUCUUUUACAAUCGUAAUGUCAUCAAUUCCAUAUUGUAUUGAACAGGUUUAUUAUGAUAUAUUUUCGAGUUAUGAUCCUGAAAAAUCAUCUCUGGUUUUCCUUUUACAUGUUAUUUCUACAAUUUUAUUUUAUACACAUUCAGUAUCAAGUUUUUAUGUUUAUUUUAUUUCAACAAAGAAAUUUCGUCAUCAAAUACAAAAAUUAAUUCGAUGUAAUAGACAUAAUCGUGUUUUGUUUCAUAACCAUAUACAAGCAAUAACAAUUCCACAUAAUAUUCAUUAA